CCUCAAAGUGUGAGCCUUUUUUCCACCAUUUUCAGCUCUCUUUAACUAAUGAUUUGUCUCUUCAAAAGUCAUCAAAGAGGAGCGUCUUCUUUGCACGAUCAAAGACAAUAAAUACUCUUAAGCUUUCUUGGCUUUUGAGUAGUGAAAAGAUUUAAUUUUUGUAGGUUUUUAGACUAGUCAAAAUUAAUUUUUUAGAGAAACCCAUUUAAUUCUUCAGCUUCCAAAAGCUUUAUAUAAAGGGAAACUCUUGAACUUUUGAGGUUUUACACAUCAAAUUGAUUUUCUAGAGAAAGAAACUCAUCUGAUUUUUGUGUUUUCUAGAGCUGAAUAUAUGGUGGAAAAGUUUGAAUUUUUUGAGCUCCACCCUUUUGGUGUAGUUUAUUUUCUGAGUAAGCCCAUAUAAAAUUCUUGGUUUCCAAAGUUAAAUUAAUAUGCAGUGGGAAAGUUUCAGUUUUGAUCUUCAAACUGAAGACCCCCAUUUAAUAUCUGUGAUGACCAAUGCUGAAAAAAUGGUGCAAAAGUUUCAAUUUUGAGCUUUGCUAAACCUCUUUAGAGCUCAAUUUUAUGGUGAAAAAGUUUCAUUUUUGAGCUUCAAACUUGGGUUAGUCAUUUUAUGAGGAAACUCCAUUUGUAUCUUCAGGGUUUUAGAGCUUAAUCUAAUGGGAUUGUGGAGUUUCUGACCUCAUAAUUAAGUUAUUCAGGGUUUUGAGUAUAAGGGGUUGGAAUCUUUAAAGUUGUUCACAAUGGGAGAGGAAAAAUCAUCAGAGAAUAGAGUGAAAGCUUCAAAAUUUGGUGAUCAAAAUAAGGCACCAAAGGGUAGUAGUAGUAAUAGCAAUGCAAAAGGGAAUAGUAGUAAUCUGUCAAAGGUGAGAUCUUCAUGGGGUUCUCAUAUUGUGAAGGGUUUCUCAGGGGAUAAGAAAUCCAAGUUGCAGACGAUAAUUCAUGCAAAGAAAGAGCCACUUUCUGUCAACGAAAACUCGAACCAAAAGAACUGUUCUGGGAUUUCUCAAUCAAGGGUGAAGAGGUCUUUAAUGGGAGACUUGUCAUGUUCAGCCAGUUCAACUCAAGUUCAUCCUCAAACAGUUAAUAUCCACAGGGCUAAAUCUUCCGGUUCGCGUGAUCUAUUCAAUGAAAUUGAUCAUUUGAGGAACUUGUUACAAGAAUCAAAGGGAAGGGAAUUGAAGUUGCAGGCUGAGUUAUCAGAAUUCAAGAGGAGUCCAAAAGUUGUCGAGCUCGGGAGGGAACUGGAGUUGAAGAAGAGUGAGAUCGAUAGUUUUGUGAAGAAAGUUGAAUUGCUGGAAUGUGAAAAGGCAAGGCUUACUGAUCAACUGGUUUCCUUGGCUGCUGCUCUAGAGAGGCAAGAUGAGAUAUCCAAUAGGGAAGAAUUCAAAAGUGUGACUAGUUUGGAAAUGGAGGUUGUGGAGUUGAGGCGCUUGAAUAAGGAGCUCCAGCUUCAGAAAAGAGAUAUUGCUUGUAGGCUUUCUGAGGGGGACACAAUUGAGAAUAUUAAAGCAGAGGCUUCUAUGUUGAGACACACAAAUGAAAACCUUUGCAAACAAGUUGAGGGGCUUCAAAUGAAUAGAUUGAAUGAGGUUGAGGAGCUUGCCUACUUAAGGUGGGUGAACUCAUGUUUGCGCGAAGAAUUGCGCAAUUGUUCGUCCACGACUUGUGAAAAGACUUGUAGCCCUCAUGAUAGUGAGAAAAGUAGGGAAUCACUUUGCUUGUCUUAUGAUCAUAGUGAUGAGGAGUCGAAAUAUAGUAGCUCAAGGAGGUUAAGCCUUGUUAAGAAGUUAAAGAAAUGGCCUAUUACCGAUGAAGAUUUGCAACUAGUUGAUAGCCCGGAUAAUACCAUUAAUCAUAGUUGGGAUGAUACACAAAGUUCUACUCGCAGGCACUCGAUAAGUGGAUCAAAAUUUUAUCUAGAGGACUUGAUAUAUAGUAAUAAGAGAAGACAAUCUGAUGGUUUUAUGUGUUCAAAGGAAGUGGAGAAGGAGAUUGAGCCUCUUAUUUCCCAACAUAAAUUAACCACCAACCCUUUGGAGGUGGUUGAGAAACGUGUCUUGCGAAUUCCUAAUCCUCCUCCAAGGCCUUCAUCUGUUGCUUUAAGUGCAACAGAAGGAGAAGAUUGUGUUCAAGUUCAUGUUCUUCCACCACCUCCCCCUCCUCCUCCGCCACCUCCUCCAAAACUCAUGGCAAAAACUACAACUGGCACGGUGCAGAGAGCCCCUCAAGUAGUAGAGUUUUAUCAUUCAUUAAUGAAGAGAGAUUCUAGGAAGGAUUCGUUAAAUGGAGGAGCAUGUGAUCCCUCAAGUGUUGCAGACGUUCGUAGUAGCAUGAUCGGUGAAAUUGAGAACAGAUCAUCUUAUUUGCUGGCUAUAAAGGCAGACGUGGAGACCCAAGCAGAAUUUGUGAAUUCCCUGAUAGCUGAGGUCAACCAUGCAGUUUUUGCGGAUAUUGAAGACAUAGUUGCUUUUGUGAAAUGGCUAGACGAUGAACUUUGCUUUCUGGUGGACGAAAGGGCAGUGCUAAAGCACUUUGACUGGCCCGAGAGAAAAGCAGAUACACUAAGGGAGGCAGCUUUUGGAUAUAGAGAUCUCAAGAAGUUGGAGAAUGAAGUUUCAAGUUACAAGGACGAUCCUCGAUUGCCAUGUGAUAUUGCACUAAAGAAGAUGGUUUCUUUGUCAGAGAAGAUGGAGCGUAGUGUCUAUAACCUUCAUCGGACCAGAGACUCAUUGAUGCGUCACUGCAAAGAGUUCAAAAUCCCCACAGACUGGAUGCUUGAUAAUGGGAUACUAAGCAAGAUAAAGUUUGGCUCUGUGAAGUUGGCGAAGAUGUACAUGAAGAGGGUAGCCGCGGAGCUUCAGUCGAAGGGACCAUUAGAUAAAGACACUUCCAUGGACUACAUGCUACUCCAAGGAGUGAGAUUUGCCUUCCGAAUUCAUCAGUUUGCGGGAGGAUUUGAUGCAGAAACUAUGCAAGCAUUUGAGGAGCUCAGGGACUUAGCACUUGCUUUGAACAAGAAGUAGAAGAUAGACUUUGUGAAUAAGUAUAAUUUUGCCAGAGGGCUUACCAUCUCAGUAACCAUCAAUUUAAGUAAUCACAUCUGUGGGAAACACCAAUGAUAUUCCUUAUCAUUGGUUAUUGGUUUUGUUUUUGUUUUUAAUUUUUGAUUUGGGUGGGUUUCACUUUUGACUAAUGAGUCAGUUUGGCUUGGUGUAAAGCUUGGUGAAAAAGCAGUAUGUUAGUUUCUGUCAAUACUAGACAUGAGGGUGUUUUCCAUCAAUUCUUGAACUAUUGACGCUGAAACGAAAUGACACUGAGUUAUGGAUUACAUGUUUUAAAAUGUUUCUAUCCUUUGAGUUACUUUGCACUGAGAUGGCAGUGGUUGCGGGACGAGGCGGCUUUAGAU